AUGGAUGCACUAAAGAAGAGUCUUGAUGAGAUGAAAGAAUCCUUCCAGAACCGGAUGAAACAAUUUCAGACAGAUCUACAGUUGGGUAACUCUGGCUCCGCUAGCUCCCCUAAUGGAUUGGCCUCUGACUUUGCAGUCUUCAGGUCAUUUGUGUUGUCCUCCCUCGAGUGCCUCCAAAGUCAAAUGAAUCUUCUUGCGAGCCUAACUGACCAGGUUGAAACCAGAAGCCGCCAUAUCUCCAUUCCUGAGCUUGUCCCAGAGACAGUUUCUCAAUGCCACAGAUUGGGUCCAACUAGGUCUAAUAAGCCAAGGCCUAUCUUGGUUAAGUGCCGAGACCUCUCCACCAAGACAAAGUUAUGGCAAAACAAGAAGGUCCUCAAAGGUACUGGUAUCACAGUCUCAGAAUUCCUGACCAAGCCACGCCAUGAUGCCUUUAUGUCGGCUCGGACAAAAUUUGGAAUACAUAAGUGCUGGACUAGGGAUGGGACUGUUUAUGUAUUGGAUUCCGCUGGGGAGCGUCAUAAGGUGUCUAGUGUAGCAGACGGGAGCAAUCCCUGGAAGUGA